GAGAGCGGAGGCGAUGCGCCCGGAGAAAGGCGGCUGCUCUCCCAGGGAGAAGGUAAACUCAGAGCUUUGUCAGGCCUGCGUUACUGUGCCAGAAAUCAGGAAGACGGAGCCCAGCCCCAAUGCAGUUCCAUGGGGAAAGAGAUGCCCAGUCCACCAUUGCCCCAUCGAGGCUUCUCCCAGCUCAGGGAGGUACCACCAGCCCUCAUCCAGCCACCGGCAUGCGCCCAUCUCCACCCGAUCCAAUGGCCAGGUGCCAUUGGGCUCCCAGGACUGCUUCCAACCUCACCUCUACUAUCAAUGCAACCAGCAGGAAACCCAAAGCAGCUACGCCUUGCCCCCUCUGCCGGGGCACGGGGAGAGAGCGACUUUGUGUUCCCAUCACUCCAGCGGGGAUUCAUCCUCAACUCCCCGCCACGAGACUGCAGAAAGCCGAUGGAAACAGUGGUCACAUGACCACCAGCAGCAGCUACGGCCGGUGCAACAUCAUGUCGUAACGGUCAGUUUGUCCCAAGUGAUUGCGGAGUGGCCGGUUGCUGUAUUAGUGCUCUGUUCGUUGACAGUGCUGGUCUGUACAUUGGUGAGCCUGUUAGUAGGAAAUUUGCCCGAUUUUUCUGAGCCCUUGAUGGGCUUUGAGCCACGAGACACUGACAUUGGCAGAAAGCUCACUGUCUGGAAGAACAUGAAAAGCCAGACAGGCUUCAAAAAGACUCUCUCUCUUUCACCUUACACUGACAACAGCUAUGGCGACAUGAGCAUGAACCGAGGGCAGAGAUCUGUACAAGGAGAUCGAGACGUGAGAAUAAGGAGGAUGGUGGAGCCAGACUUUGAGAAGGAUGGAUUCUUCUGUGGUCCCCCAGGGGAGAAUUAUUCUCAGCUGGUAUUUAUGUCCACGACUGCUGGGAGCUUAUGGAACUUGCAAGCAAUACAGUCCAUGUGUCAAAUGGAACAAGAUAAGAUCCGUUCUCAUCCGCAGUUUGGGAAUCUCUGUCAACGUAACGAAGCCAACGAAUGCUGCCCGAGCUGGUCGCUUGGGAACUACAUUGCUGUCCUGUACAACCGCUCUUCUUGCUUAGAGAUCACCCAAGCCGACGUGUCCCACACCCUGGCCCUCCUUCGCUCUUGUGCGCCCGACUAUCACAAAGGUAUCCUUGUUCCUCCUUGCAUCGGUCCCAAGACUGAAAGAGACAAACACGCACAGUGUUCCAAAGUCCCGGAGAAAUGCACGCGGUUCCGUGCUGUUUACCAGCUCCUUCAUUUCCUAGUAGACAGAGAUUUUCUCAGCCCACAGACUGUGGGAUACCAAGUGCCAACCCUGAAAUACAGCCUGCUGUUUUUGCCAACCCUGAAAGGAACCUCCAUGAUGGGCAUCUACCUGAACAACCUUGAGUCGUGGGACUUGUUUGAUAAUUAUACAUCCGUCACUGGUAUGGACCUGGGCCUUAAGCAAAAAUUAUUCCAGCACUACCUUUUACUGGAUACUGUGUAUCCAGUCAUGGCAAUACUGGCCAUAUUUCUAAGCAUAUUUUUUUAUUUGCGCUCGGUCUUUAUUACUUUUAUCAUCUUGAUGAUUGUCUUUGGUACCUUAAUGAUUUCCUACUUCUUGUACAAGGUGGCCUUCCGAUUUGCCUACUUCCCUUUUGUAAACCUAACAGCAGUCAUCAUCCUCAGCAGCAUUUGUGCCAACCAUACCUUUGUCUUUCUGGACCUCUGGAACCUUAGCAAGAGCCAGAAUCCAUCUGCUGGGCUGCUGCAGUGGGUACGACUAACCAUGCAUCAUUUUGGUUAUCUCAUGCUGGCGUCUUGCCUGACGACUGGUGCUGCUUUCUAUGCCAGCUACAUGAGCUACAUCACCGCCACCCGCUGCUUCGCCAUCUACAUGGGCACUUCCGUUUUGGUGAACUUGGUAUUCAUGUUGACGUGGCUUCCUUCCUCCAUUGUGCUGUAUGAACGUUACAUCGCAAGGAAAUGCAUUUAUAAACCAGAAGAUUACUGGAAUAAUGCUGGGCACAAGAGGGUCAUUCUCUCCUUCCAUCACAUCCUCAGGAGUAUCCAGAAUACCUGGUGUGAAACCUCCAAGCUGUUGUUUGAGAAAGUUCUUCCUUGCGGGGUUAUCAAGUUUCGUUAUAUCUGGAUCUGCUGGUUUGCUGCCUUAGCUAUAGGGGGCGCCUACAUUUCCUGUCUCAACCCCAAAUUGAAACUCCCCACUUUAGAGAUGUCAUCUGUGCAGGUAUUUAGGUUGAGCCACCCCUUUGAGAGAUACGAUGCUGAAUAUUGCAGGGAGUUCAUGUUUGAAAGACUGGAACGAGGAGAAGACCUGCACAUGCCAGUCACCCUUGUAUGGGGCAUACUGCCCGUGGACAACGGGGAUCACUUUAAUCCCAAGAGCAACGGCACUCUGGUGAAGGAUACGGCCUUCACCAUCGAAAAUCCCAAAGCGCAAAGGUGGCUGUUCGACUUUUGCCAAAAAGCAAAGAAUCAGACUUUUUACUACUCUGACCUGGAGCAAAAAUCCACUGUUUGUUUCAUGGAGGAAUUCCAGCGGUGGAUGGACAGCCGCCAGUGCUCCAAGCGAGAUCAUAGCUUCAGCCUCUGCUGUAAUCACUUCUCCUUCCCCUACGGAAGAGAAGUCUUCCUUCACUGUAUCAAGAUGAUGGUCAUGGAACAAAACAGAGAUGAGGCUGAAGUUCCUGACCUGGGCCUCCGAUUCGAUGAAAAGGGCAACCUAGUUGCUCUGGUGCUACAGUUUCAAACCGUUUACCACUACAGCUUCAACUAUAGCCAGGCCAAACAUUUUUAUGACGAGAUUGGCCUCUGGAUAAGAGAGGAGAUGAAGACAGCCCCCAUGGGACUCCAGAAUGGCUGGUUCACCAGUAAGCUGGAGCUCUAUAAUCUCCAGCACAGUGUCAACACGGAGAGUAUGGUUGUGUUGGGCUUGUCCAUAGCCAUCUGCUUUGUGGUGCUGUUGCUCACAACUUGGAACAUUCUCCUUAGCCUGUUCUCCAUUAUUGCUAUUUCGGGCACUGUUCUGGUAACGGUCGGACUUCUGGUCCUUCUGGAAUGGCAACUUAAUGCUGUGGAGUCCCUCUUCAUUUCAGCAGCGGUGGGUCUCUCCGUCGACUUCACAGUGAACUACUGUAUCUCCUACCACUUGUGUCCGCAUUCUGAUCGCCUGAGCCGCGUGGCCUUCUCCUUGAAGCAGAUGAGCUGCGCCACCAUCAUGGGGACCUCCGCUUUGUUUUCUGCAGGCGUCAUCCUGCUGCCGGCUACGGUCCUGGCCUACAGGAAACUGGGCAUUUUUAUGAUGAUGAUCAAGUGCAUCAGCUGCGGCUUUGCAAGCUUCUUCUUCCAGUCUCUGUGCUGCUUCUUUGGCCCAGAGAAGAACUGUGGACAAAUCCUUUGGCCUUGUGCUCACGCUCUGAAGGACUAUUCGGAUGGCCCUGGUUCCUCCAGCAGAACGUUUACUUGCGGGGGAAAUGAGAAACAGAACAGAUUACAAAAAGGCCAGGAGUCCAAUGGUGCAAAUGAACAGUACGAACUCCAGCCUUUGGCCCGGAAGCUUAGCGACAGCUUUGACAACAGCACCUCCACAAGCAAGUUGUCCAAUCGCCCCUCUGUCUUAUCUGAAGACAUUCAGCUCCAGGACAGCAGGUGUCCUCGUAUGGAAAGCCACCCUUCCUUUGAAAGGGACAGACGGAAGCUGGAGCAGCCCGGGGGCCGUCACGUGGCACUCUGCCAGUGUCGAGCCUUGCAAACAUCUUCUCCUUACAAACCCGGAAGUAACUCAGGAACGGAAGCAGACAGUCACGGAGACAGGUUUUGCAAAGAUUGCAGGUGUCAAAAAUAUGGCCCCAAAGCCUGGGAACAUCUUCAGUCAGCCAGCACAAUAGAUGACAGGCUGCUCAAUAAAUCUCACUGCUCAAGCAACACCGAUCCACACAAGUCAGAUUAUACCUCAGAAAACAGUAACCUACCAGAAUCUGGACUGUACGAUCUCCACAGAUGCCUUUAUUCCACUGGCAGCUCUUUCAGUGUUCAGAAUGUCUCCAGCGAGACCUCUCUCAGUGACUUUGAUCCAAGCAUAAAACUUGUGGAAUCAGCCAGUUCUUGUCCAGGACAUUUAGACACAGUGGAUUCUUGCUGUCCAACUCAGAGAGGUCUCCUGAAUGGAAAGAGAGACACCUUGAGGCUGGACCUGAGAGAAACUGUCUUUGACCCGCCUGCAUCAGCAUCCCAGCAAAACAGCAGUUUGAGGAGAACUCGGUUAGGAGGAUUAGGGGGCGAGGAUCCAGUCGUUUUGCCGAACAGCAAGCCAGAUCUGCCUGAUGUUUGGAUCAAACGGUCUGGCGUGCAAAACUCCGGAUACUGAAGUGAAAAUCUCAGAGGAAGCCGGUGCUGUUUCAGGGGCGAAGAAAAACAAACAUCCAUUUUGAAAUGCGAGAACGAACCUGUCGCUUUGUUGAAAUGAAAGCAAAUUGCAUUGUUACAGAAGUGGAAAAGAGACAUUCUUGCAAAGCCAGCAAAUCCGAUGUGGAUUAGGGAAGCCAAUGUUAAUGCCGUGUCAGCUGUUCAGCUGCCUACCCAGUUGUCAGUGCCAUAUUUGCGAUGAUAUGUUAGGAUGGGAUUAUCAAGCAAGAGCGGUUUGUCAUUCUCUCUCUCCGGUGCAAUUUGUUUGGGAAUCCACGGAGAGUCACAAUGAUGAGAGGAAUCAAUGUCUCAAUAGAUGUUUAAAGGCAGAGGGAAACUUUAUACUAAAAAGCAUUUGGUGGGAUGAGUCACUGUGAUCUUGUAACAGACCUACUGAACAUUGUUGACUUGACACAAAAAGUGUCUUUUAGUUGAAUCUCUUUUUACCAUCAAUCAUGCAAAUCUCCUCAAGGAAAUUAUAUUCAGAGGGUGGGGGCGGGGGAAUCCCUUGGGCAUUUUUCAGAAAGGAUUGAACAGUCAUUCUUCAACAUUAAAUGUUGCUGUUGCUCUCCCUUCCGCUCUUUUCUACAGUAUAAUUUAUCUCUAAAGUGGAAGUUUAGGUGCAUU